AUGACGCGAUUCGACAAGUGUACCAAAGCGCUCUGGGUAACAGACCCUGAUGUUGACCGCGAUUAUGUCGAGAACACUAAGGGUAGCCCCGUUUCUGGCACAUGCGAUUGGCUUUGGCAAGACCAAACCUUCGCGGAGUGGCUGAACGGAUCAUCAUCCAGGACACUAUGGAUUGCAGGUGGGCCUGGGAAGGGCAAAACAAUGCUUUCGGUUUACAUCACGGGCUUGCUCAAGGACCGAUGCAAUGUUCGCAAUCGAGUCUUCGCAUACUUCUUCUGCGACCAUCGGGAUACAAAUCGCAAUUCGGCAUGUGCAAUCCUCCGCACUCUAAUACAUCAAAUCAUCGAGCGAAAACGAGGUCUACACAGCAAGAUCUUCCCUUACUUUCAGGAAGAGCGGCGAGCGAAGGCUACGAUACAGUCGCGCGAAGCCCUUUGGCGAAUCGUCACCGAGCUACUGCACGAGCAGGAACUUGGAGGUCUGGUGUAUUUGAUCGACGGGCUUGACGAGUGCGAUGACGACACAGCUCGUUGGAUGGCACGAAAGUUGUCCAGCCUUCAUACCGACAGCUCCGGCAAUGUUUUGAGAGACGUGAAGGUUUUAGUUGCGAGUCGGAAUAUCGCAAGCAUGAAAUUUUCGUCCAAAAUCGACCUAGACACCAUACAAGACCCGGGCUACAACGAGAGCAUCACCCGAUUCAUCGAUGCGCGAGUCGCUGAUAUGGCAAAUCUGGUGCCCGGUUGCACACUAGCGCUACAGAGUCAAGUCAAAGAAAGCCUGCGGUCCCGUUCGGGCAACUCAUUCCUUUGGAUUGGUUGCGUAAUGGGCGAACUGUCGGUCAAAGAGACGCCUACUGAGAUCGAGAGUUCGCUAGCCGAGUUUCCUACUGGACUUGGCCCACUCUACAACAGAAUUCUUCGCCAGGUACACCCAAACCCGCAGUAUCGCUCAGAUUGUAUCAAGCUGCUGCAUUGGGUAGCACAAGCGAUGAGACCGAUGAGCUUGGCUGAGCUAGCAGCGGUGCUGGUCAUUCGUGGGUCAGAAACCAUAUCAGUGGAGCAGAGACUCAAUGAUCGUAUCACAUGGUACAUUCCCCCGAUACUACUCACAAGUCUACGGUCGACCUGGUUCAUUACUCAUUAA